UCGAGGGUGAUUCGGGCGCAUUAGGACUCUGAAAUGCGCCCUCAACUUUUCAUCAACGGUUAUUGUGAUGCUUUAAACGGCAUGGGUACACACAUAAAGUGCUACCAUUCUCACAGUAAACUCAUCUUUUUAUAAACAGGAAUUUCCAUUUCUUCAGUCACUUUGGAUGGCACUCUGUAUUGAGCAAGGAGGAGCCCCUUGUGUAGAAUCGUAGCACUUCUCAACGCAAGGGAUUAGCUAGUUAGCUAUCUCGGUUUGAGAAAGUGCAGGUGUGCAUUAGGUGAAUCCCGUUUCGCUUGGUGGUCUUGUUGGUUGAAGAAAACAGACAUCUGCUGAAUGUUACACGAAGGACAUUUAUUUUACUUAAGUCCUGAAAUAAGGAAAAACGCUGCAAGCUGUGACAGGAGUUAUCGUGCAAGGAUCCACAUCCACAUCUCGCUGGAUUCUACGUUAAUACCUCAGGAAAAAUGUCAUCUCAAACGAAAUUUAAGAAGGACAAGGAAAUCAUUGGAGAAUAUGAAACACAAGUCAAAGAGAUCCGUAAUCAGUUGGUGGAGCAGUUCAAGUGUCUGGAGCAGCAGUCAGAGUCCCGCAUCCAGCUUCUGCAGGACCUGCAGGAGUUUUUCCGCCGCAAGGCUGAGAUCCAGCUGGAGUACUCGCGCAGCCUGGAGAAGCUGGCCGAGAGGUUCACCUCCAAGAUCCGCUCCUCCAGGGAACACCAGCAGUUCAAGAAGGAUCAACACCUCCUGUCCUCAGUGAACUGCUGGUACCUGGUCCUGAACCAGACACGGAGAGAGAGCAGAGACCAUGCCACACUGAAUGACAUCUACAUCAACAACGUCAUCGUUCGCCUAGCUCAGAUCAGCGAGGAUGUCAUUCGGCUUUUCAAAAAGAGUAAAGAAAUUGGCAUUCAGAUGCAUGAAGAGCUGGUGAAGGUGACAAAUGAGCUUUAUACCGUGAUGAAGACAUACCACAUGUACCACACGGAGAGCAUCAGCGCUGAGAGCAAGCUUAAAGACGCCGAGAAGCAGGAGGAGAAGCAGUUUGGCAAGUCGGGCGAGCUCAAUGUCAACUUGCUGCGGCACGAGGAGCGCGCCCAGCGCCGCAGCUCUGUCCGCAAAAUCGAGAAGAUGAAGGAGAAAAGACAAGCCAAGUACUCGGAAAACAAGCUCAAAUGCACGAAAGCUCGCAACGACUAUUUAUUGAACCUGGCAGCCACCAACGCUGUGGUGGCGAAGUACUACAUCCAUGACGUCUCCGAUAUGAUUGAUUGUUGUGACCUUGGUUAUCACGCAAGUCUAGCACGCACUCUGAGGACCUAUCUCUCGGCAGAGUACAACCUGGAGACGUCUCGCCAUGAGGGCUUGGACCUCAUCGAAAACGCCGUGGACAACCUGGACUCCCGCAGUGACAAGCACAAGAUCAUGGACAUGUACAACCAGGUGUUCUGCCCCCCCAUGCGCUUCGAGUAUCUGCCUCAUAUGGGAGACGAGGUGUGCCAAGUGAGUGCCCAGCAGCCAGUUCAGACAGAGCUCUUGAUGCGCUACCAUCAGCUGCAGUCCCGUCUGGCCACGCUGAAGAUCGAGAAUGAGGAGGUUCGUAAGACCCUGGAUGCCACCAUGCAGACCUUGCAGGACAUGCUGACUGUAGAGGACUUCGACGUGUCCGACGCCUUCCAGCACAGCAGGUCCACCGAGUCCAUCAGGUCUGUAGCCUCUGAAGGCUACAUGAGCAAGCUGAACAUUGCCAAGCGAAGGGCCAACCAACAGGAGACUGAGGUCUUCUACUUCACUAAAUUCAAAGAGUAUCUGAACGGCAGCAACCUUAUCAUCAAACUGCAGGCCAAGCACGACCUGCUGAAGCAGACGCUUGGUGAAGGAGAAAGGGCAGAAUGUGGAACCACGAGACCCCCCACCCUUCCCCCGAAACCACAGAAAUUGCGGAAACCCAGGCCACGCUCUGUCUAUAAUCAUAAGCUGUUUAACGGAAAUAUGGAGACUUUCAUUAAGGAUUCAGGUCAACCCAUUCCUCUUGUGGUGGAGAGCUGUAUCCGCUACAUCAAUCUAUAUGGCCUGCAGCAGCAAGGCAUAUUCCGAGUUCCUGGAUCUCAGGUGGAAGUCAACGAUAUUAAAAAUUCAUUUGAGAGAGGCGAAGACCCGCUGGUGGAUGAUCAAAGCGAUCAUGACAUAAACUCUGUGGCUGGGGUUCUGAAACUCUACUUCCGAGGCCUAGAGAACCCGCUGUUCCCUAAGGAGCGCUUCCUGGACUUCAUCUCCACUAUCAAGCUUGAGUCACCAGCUGAGAGAGUCCAUCAUAUUCAGCAGAUUAUAGUCACUCUUCCUCGUACCAUCAUCAUCGUUAUGAGAUACCUGUUUGCGUUCCUUAACCACUUGUCCCAGUACAGUGACGAGAACAUGAUGGACCCCUACAAUCUGGCCAUCUGCUUUGGCCCAACGCUCAUGCCCAUCCCUGAUGGCCAGGAUCCCGUGGCCUGCCAGGCCCAUGUCAAUGAGGUCAUCAAGACCAUCAUCAUCCACAGCGAGGUGAUCUUCCCCAGCCAGCGCGAGCUGGAUGGCCCCGUCUAUGAGAAGUGCAUGACCGGAGGGGAGGAGUAUUGUGACAGCCCCCACAGUGAACCUGGCACCAUUGAUGAGGCGGACAAUGGAACUGAGCCCCACACUAGUGAUGACGAGGUGGAGCAGAUCGAGGCCAUUGCUAAGUUUGACUAUGUGGGCCGUACCCCGCGAGAGCUCUCCUUUAAGAAGGGGGCCUCUCUCCUGCUCUACCACAGAGCCUCUGAGGACUGGUGGGAGGGCAGACACAACGGGGUGGACGGCCUCAUCCCCCACCAGUACAUCGUAGUGCAGGACCUGGACGACGCCUUCUCCGACAGCCUGAGCCAGAAGGCGGACAGUGAGGCCAGCAGUGGGCCACUGCUGGAUGACAAGGCCUCAUCCAAAAACGACCUCCAUUCUCCAUGCGAUCAGCCAGCUGAGUACAACUUCAGCGGUGUGAUGGGCAGGGUGAGGUUGCGCUCGGAUGGCGCCGCCAUUCCUCGCCGGCGGAGCGCGACGGAGAGCCACAGCCCCCCACGAGGCUCGGACACGCCUCCCCGCGCUGCAGCCUGUCCCAGCAGCCCACACAAGGUGGCGGUGAGCAGGGCCCGCAUGGAGAGCCCCGAGAAGAGACGGCUGGCCACGUUCGGCAGUGCCGGCAGCAUCAACUACCCCGAGAGGAAGGCGUACCCUGAGGGUCACCCGCUGAGAGCUGGCACGGCUGCUACACGCCACGGCAGCCUCGGAGACCACAAGAGCCUGGAGACGGAGGCCCUAGCCGAGGACAUAGAAAAGACCAUGACCACGGCCCUCCAUGAGCUCCGAGAGCUGGAGCGUCAGAACACAGCCAAGCAGGCCCCUGAUGUGGUGCUGGACACACUGGAGCCUCUGAAGAACCCGGCGACCUCAGAGCCAGCCAGCCCGUUACACACGAUCGUGAUCCGUGAUCCGGACGCGGCACUGCGGCGUGGCAGUGGCUCCUCCUCCGAGAUGAUGACCACGUUCAAGCCGGCGCUGUCAGCGCGCCUGGCCGGGGCACAGCUCCGCCCACCGCCCAUGAGGCCGGUACGGCCACCACCCACGCAGCACCGCUCCAGCAGCUCUAGCUCGUCUGGUGUGGGCAGCCCUGCCGUCACGCCCACUGAAAAAGGCUUCCCCAGCGGCUCGGCCAGCGCCUCCCCUGCUGGUGCUGGCGAGAAGCAGGGUGGUAGUGUGUAGUUCCACUCACAGGGUCAGGGAUCGAAGGCGGUCAUGGCUCCCAGCCCUUCUGAGCUGCAGAGAUGAGGGAAAAUGAUUUAGAUUUUGAAAUUCAGAAUGAGCCUCCGAACACUCCAGAAGUCAGCCCAGGUUGCUAUGGCGACAAGGCAUGUGAAAUUUAACAGUAUAGUACUCUGUCAAGCACGAUGAAAGCUGAGAUAUGAAAACAAGUUGAGUAAAUGUGUGUGCUGGUAUAGUACAUAUACACGUGUGUGUGUGUGUGUGUGUGUGUAUGUAUACACACAUA